GUGUGUCAAAGUGUACUUCAAUGUGACACUGUGAGUUUAAACCCAGUGUACAGCGAUAAGAACGUUUACAUCUUUUGUUUUGGAUUAUUCGUUCAAGGUUAGAGGAGAUGUUUCGUUGCUGAAGAUAUACAAUGAAGUCUAGUGAAGCGGGAUGAUGACGUCGGACAAAAUGGCGGCCACUCUGUGGCUCAUCACUAUUUCGCUCGUUUCCGCUGAGAACAACGACACUCUCUGGUUCUACGGCGGCAACGACUCUACGCCUCUCUACUCUGACUCGACCUCAGAGGAGUGGCCAGUCACUACAGCGCCUCCCAGACCAACCUUCUUCUUACCUCCGCUGCCCCACAAUCACCAGGGGUCUAGAUGGGGUCCGUACUUUGAGGAUGGCCCAGGGCCAGUCAAUGUCACUGCUAGGGUCGGGUCCACAGUGCAACUGGACUGCAAGAUAGGCAUGCUGCAUGACAAAACAGUGACUUGGCUGCAUCGCAAGACAGAGUCCAUCCAUUUACUGACUGUUGGACGUCAGGCCUACAGCAACGACCAAAGAGUUACUCUUAGUUUUCGCUACCCCAACAACUGGAGGUUGGAGAUAGUGUUUGUCACGCGCAGAGACGAGGGACUCUACGAGUGUCAGGUGGCGACGUUCCCGCUCAAAGUUAGACAGGUCUACCUCAAAGUUACCGCUCCAGAGGUGACCAUAACAGACGACAAGCAGCACGCUGUCACAGAACGUUACUACAAGGCUGGCAGUGCUGUAGAACUGACUUGUCUGGCCAGCCAUGUGGAGACUCCAGGGGACAACGUCACGUGGAGAAGGGAAGAUCGACCCGUGGAUAAGGGAGUUAGCUUCAACAACUCUGUGGGCGCUGGCAGCGUGGCAGCGACUCUAGUCUUGAGGCAUGCACAGAAGAGACACUCGGGCAACUACACUUGUAGUGUGGGCAACUUAGCGGCCGCUUCUGUGUCGGUGCAUAUACUUAAUGGAGAGCUCCCUGCGGCGGUCCAUGACGGCAGUUCUGGCACAGUGACGUCAUGCUGGUCCUUGUGGCUGUUGACGUUGUGUUGUGUCUUCGUCACAUGUAGGUGACAUCGUGUCCGAGUUCUAUGAUAAAUCAUCUGACCAAUGCAGCUCUAAGUGUGCAGUACAUGAUGUAAAGAACUGAGGAAACAAAGUGGAACAAAAAUAGUGAACAAAAUAUUAUAGUGAUAAAGACUUAAGUAGAGCUAAUUGUAAAUAAAUUGAUCAAGUUUAACUAAGAAAAUUACGUCUUAAUACAAGAAAUAUAUUUUCUUUUACUGCAAGAUAUGAUAUUUAUUACAAAGUUGCUGUUGUAUUAUUGAUUUUCAAAAAAAGUUAACUCAUUUUCGUGACGUUAAAGAAAGUUUAGUAUGUGAGGUUCAUGUAUCUUCCACUUUUGUACACUGUCCAUACAAGUUGCAAAAACAAUUAUUCAUGUUAAUAUGUGAAUGUAGUAAAAAAUGUUACACAUUAAAUUGUUUAAUUUUUAUGUUUAUUUCGCUUUAAUUAUAUUCAUAUUGUA